UAGUUUAUUUGAGCAGAUAAAUGAUAAAUGUUACAUGAAUCUUUGGGUUUAAUUUUUUUUUAAUUUUUUAAAAAGUGUCCUGUACUGAGCAUGCUCAGUGAGGAUUUCCCUCAGCUGGCCGAGGAGCCGUAAUCUGCGGGGACUCCUUCAUGGAAGAGCAGGAUUUUAAGCUGAAGCGUUAGCUGCCGCUGGCGGCGCCUCAAUCUGAUUCUGCUAAGCUGUUUGAUCCUCAGAUUGAGCGCUGCAGCCCGAAAUAAAAGCCAGCAGCAGCAGGAGUGGAAAAAGGCCGCCUUGCUGUCAAGAACCACCCAAGUUACCGCAACACCUCGCCGUGAUGGACGGCUGCUGCUGACAAGGCCAAAGGUCAACCAAACACCUGGACCGCACGGCCCAGGAGGCUUUGCUGCUGGAGGAACCAAUCAGAGAGAAGAGUCUGGUUGGCGGUGAAACCCUGAAGAACUAAACAGCACCAAACUCUGUAACCAAGGACCAAACAUGUAGAGCCGGGUGUCCAAAGGCCACCACAAUUUAAUAUGGUAUUAAUUUAUCCCUCUAGUGGACACUUUUAUAAUUUUUUAGCACAAGAUUUUCAGUGAGAAAAUUGAUUAUUUUAUGUAAAAUAUGUUUUUCUUUUAUUAGCUGUAUUUAAUUUUAAUUUCAUAGUAAGUAGGGUUGCAAACAUGCAGCAACUUUUUACUUAAAAAAAACAACAUUGUAGGACAUUAUUUUACUAAACUUGGUUAGUAAAAGAAACUUUUGCUGAAGAAAGUUUUCCUUUUUGUUACUGAGAAUAGUAAAAAGUUAGAAAACUGUCGACCUAUAAUUAAGACAGAAUGUUGCCACUUUGUUUCAUUAAAAUAUUGCAUAUUUAAUUUAUUGCUAAGCAUAGAAAAAAAAUCAUCAUUUUACAUUAACAUUAUUUUACAUUGUCAUUACUUUGCGUUUUAAGUUUGAAAAUCAAUAUGAUUAUUUUCUGCUGUGGGAUUCUGGCAGAGGAUGCAAAAAGUUUGGACACCCCUAAUGUAAAGGAGCUUCAACUAUUGAAAUGUUUUAUUCACAAUUCAAUAAUUACUAGUGUAAAGGUGUACUUACUUUAACGGUUAGACUAAGUACACCUGGUGUACUUACUAACAUAGAACAGGGUGUACUUACUUUGACCUCUUUCGCCUAUGUUAAAGUAAAUACACACUGUUCCAUCCAGCAUGUACUUACUUUAACCUAGAUAAAAGAGGAAAGACGUUAAAGUAAGUACACCCCAGAUGAAAGAGGGUGUACUUACUUUAGUCCCUUGUGUGGCAGCUGUAGUUGUUUCUAUGAGGCUUCAUGAGUUUAACUGGUUUUAUUGGUUUGAGCCCAUUACUGGACCUCCUUCUGGUCCAACGGAACCGGACCAGCUGACAGAACCGGAGGAUCAGUAGUUUAUUAUGGAACAGAACCGAUCAGACCUUGGGAUGAAACUUGCCCGAACCUGUUCCAGAACGGUGCCGCUGCCGGUUAUUUUCAUCCUUGCGGUUCGAACCGGGCCAGACGGUUACGUAAGCCUCGUGGUUCUAGACCCAGAUCUCGGUGUCCAGAACCGCUGGCAGCGCUGCGGCUCAUCCCAUUAGCGGGUUAUUUUCGGAGCGUCUCUGAUUCUCCAGAACCUAAGCGGGUUACACACAGAGCUGUGACUUCUGCUCUGCGGUCACGGCAGGCCGGUUCUGCCGCUCUCUGGGUCCGCGGUACCGGAGCUGCUGCCAUGGGGAACCAUGGCUCCAACCUGGACGACAUCCUGGCCGAGGACAUGCACCACUGGUACAACAAGUUCAUGAAGGAGUCUCCGUCCGGACUCAUCACGCUGUUCGAGCUCAAAGCCAUCCUCAACCUGAAGGGCAUCACGGAGUACGCCAACAGCUACGUGGAGCAGGUCUUCUUCACCUUCGACAUGGACGGGGAUGGCUAUAUUGACUUUGUGGAGUACAUCGCGGCCAUCAGCCUGCUGCUGAAGGGAGAGAUCAACCAGAAGCUGAAGUGGUACUUCAAGCUGUUCGAUCAGGACGGGAACGGGAAGAUCGAUAAGGACGAGCUGGAGACCAUCUUCACGGCCAUCCAGGACAUCACCCGGAACAGGGACAUCGACCCGGAGGAGAUUGUGACACUCAUCUAUGAGAAGAUUGACGUGAAGGGUGAAGGUGAGCUGACACUGGAGGAGUUCAUCGACGGAGCCAAGGACCACCCAGACAUUAUGGACAUGCUGCGGAACCUAAUGGACCUGACGCCGGUUCUGGAGAUCAUCGUCAAAGGCCGCCAGCCCGCUGUUGAGAACUGACCAAUCGCUGCGGCCACUCCAAAUCGACCAAUCACACGCCAGACUCUGGGAGGACUCCUAAAAUCAACCCAUCCACACCAAUCAAACCCACAGAACUUUAAAUGGAGCCCAGCAGCCGUCCAGUUCUGACCCGACUCAGGAAUAUGUCUGGGUUUUCGGAAGCUGCUGCUGUGGAUCGGACUUUCCGCCAUGAUGGAUUUCAUAUGGCCGGAUGUUUUUACCCUUCACAAAAACAUUUCUGCACUCAUCUCUGAAGAGUAUAUUUAGUAUAAAAAAAAAAAAAUCGUAAAAUAUUUUCAACAUUCCAGAUGUUCAAUAUCUGAAGGUCCAAAAUUAAAGAUGUUUUUACAAUAUUUCUUAAAUAAUGAAAACAUUUAUCAACAACCACAAAUCAAAUAUAUAAAUCUGCUUUAAAGAAAAAAACCCAUUAAUUCUACAAUUAUAAAUAUUAGGUCAAACCAUUUCCAUGUUUAGAAACUGAUCAGAGUCCGAUUUAUCUUGCGUAGUGUCAGAAGUUUAUCGGCCGGUCUGGAAUCAGUUUGUUAGCUCACCAACAGAAGCUAACUGCUGCGGCUGUCGCACACCUGAUUAAUGUUUCCCAUUCAAGGUCACAAACAUGAAGUGAUGUUUCUGAACAAAACGUCGAGUUCACUUUAACUCACGGAUAAUCGUGAAUUAUGACGGCUCAUUUUGAAGGCUAACGAGUUGCUAGCAAACAGCAUCAUCUGACUGUUUCAGAUUUGGUAUGUGAAUGUUGGCGACUGGGAGGUGAGCAGAGGGAAGUUCAGACUAAAACUGGAGCCUCAGCAGAGUCACUAGUGAAUGGUGCAUCAAGCAGGUGUCAAAGUCAAGGCCCAAGGGCCACAUCUGGCUCACCAUAGCUUUUUCUGAGGGACACGUGAACAGGACCUUCAGGAUAUUCAGGAUAACAGUUGUUAGCUUAAAUAGUCUCAUUUAAUCAAAGCAGUUUUAUCAGUUUACUCCCAGAUACUCUAGUGUUUUUUUUAUCUGCUGUCGUAGAAACUCCUGUCUAAUCAACAGAU